AUGGAGCAACAGCAAGAGAUCAUCAAUAACUAUUUGUCUAAAGAUGGGAGAUCUCUUAAUUGGAAAAAAUUUGUUAAUGAUAUAGAAGAAGGAAUUAAUCAAAGCAAUUUGGAAAAUUCUGUGGCUCCAAGUCUCGUUAAUACAUCAAGAUCUAGGCAUUCUUCUACUAUUGAUAAUUUUGGCUUUAAAUCGCUAUUUUCAAGAAUUAACAAAUAUCUCUGCUAUCGUGGAGAUAGUAUUCGUAAAUGCUACAAAGACUUUGAUAUUCAUAAUAUGGGGAGGGUAUCAGAAAGCCAGUUUUACCGAGCAUUUCCAAAUAUUCAUGAUAUAACUGAUUCGGAAAUAAGUGCCUUAGCUAAUUGUUAUAAAUGCAGUAAUUACCCUGGCUUUAUUGAUUACUUUGCUCUUGAAAAAGAUAUGCAAGCAAUAAAAGACAAAGAGGAAAAUAUCAACCUUAAUCAAUCCGGUUUUAUUCGUAUUGAUAAUCUUGAUUUGUAUCUGCAUAAGCAUCCACUUUUAAACCCAUUUAAAGAAUAA